GAGGCGGUGCUGGACAGAGGGGGCACUCGCUCCAUGCUCAACACCAACUUUGAGAAGGAGGAGCUGGAAGACACUCCUGCCCAGAGGGUGCAGUUCCUGCUGGGGACAGAGGAUGGUGAUGAGGAGCACAUAUCUCACGCCCUCUUCACUGAGCUGGAUGAGAUCUGCCUGAGAGAGGGCGAGGACGCAGAGUGGAAGGAGACCGCCAGGUGGCUGAAGUUUGAGGAGGACGUGGAGGAUGGAGGCGAGCGUUGGAGCAAGCCCUACGUAGCCACCCUGUCUCUUCAUAGCCUGUUUGAGCUGAGGAGCUGCAUCCUCAACGGCACCGUGCUGCUGGACAUGAGAGCCAACUCACUGGAAGAGAUCGCCGAUAUGGUCCUGGACCAGCAUGAGGUGUCGGCCGCGGUGGGGGAGGACGUGAGGAGGAGGAUCCGUGAGGCGCUCCUGAAGCAGCACCACCACCAGAACCACAAGAAGCUGGCCAACCGCAUCCCCAUCGUACGCUCCUUCGCCGACAUCGGCAAGAAGCAUUCCGAGCCCCACUCUAUGGACAAGAACGGUCAGACAGUCUCUCCCCAGUCCCAGCCAGCCACCACAGAGGGCAAGGAACAUGUCAGCCGGGAGAACAGCCAUGUGGACUUCAGCAAGUUAAGGCCCCACUCACCGAGCCUGAUUGACCUCCACUUCAUGAAGAAGAUUCCCCCCGGUGCAGAGGCAUCCAACGUCCUGGUGGGGGAGCUAGAGUUCCUGGAGCAGCCUGUGGUGGCCUUUGUCCGUCUGUGUCCCGCCGUGCUGCUCAACGGCCUGGCUGAGGUUCCCAUCACCACCAGGUUCCUGUUCAUUCUGCUGGGGCCUCUGGGAAAAGGACCACAGUACCAUGAGAUUGGCCGAUCCAUCGCAACUCUGAUGACAGACGAGGUGUUCCAUGACGUGGCGUAUAAAGCCAAGGACAGGAACGACCUGGUGGCCGGCAUCGAUGAGUUCCUGGACCAGGUGACUGUGUUGCCACCUGGGGAGUGGGACCCCUCCAUCAGGAUAGAGCCGCCCAAAAACGUGCCCUCUCAGGAAAAGCGCAAGGUCCCUCCUUUACUCAACGGAGAUCUGGGAGAAGCAGAGGAACCUGGUGGCCAUGGAGGCCCAGAGCUACAGCGCACAGGAAGGUUCUUUGGAGGGUUCUUCAUGGACAUCAAGCGCAAGGCGCCCCACUACCUGUCUGACUACACGGACGCUUUGAGCCUGCAGUGUCUGGCCUCCUUCCUUUUCCUCUACUGUGCCUGCAUGUCUCCUGUCAUCACCUUCGGAGGACUGCUGGGGGAAGCCACCGAGGGACGCAUAAGUGCAAUUGAAUCGCUGUUCGGGGCCUCCAUGACGGGGAUAGCCUACUCCCUGUUCGCUGGGCAGCCUCUCACCAUCCUAGGCAGCACAGGCCCUGUUCUAGUCUUUGAGAAGAUUCUCUUCAAAUUCUGCAAGGACUAUGACCUGUCCUACCUCUCCCUGAGGGCCUGUAUCGGUCUGUGGACGGCGUUCCUCUGCCUGGUCCUGGUGGCUACAGACGCUAGCUCCCUGGUCUGUUACAUCACCCGCUUCACAGAGGAGGCCUUCGCCUCGCUCAUCUGCAUCAUCUUCAUCUACGAGGCCCUGGAGAAACUCAUCCACCUGGGGGAACACUACCCCAUCAACAUGAACAACAACCUGCAGAAACUCACCCAGUACUCGUGUGCGUGUGUGGAGCCAAAGGCUCCCAGCAACUCCACUCUGAGGUACUGGGAGGACAGGAACAUCACUGCAUCAGAGGUCAACUGGACCAGCAUGGAGGUCAAGGAGUGCUUUGUGUUCCGAGGGGAGUUUGAGGGCAGCGCCUGUGGCCCCCACGGACCCUACAUUCCUGACGUCCUCUUCUGGUCCGCGGUCCUCUUCUUCUCUACUGUCUUCAUGUCCGCUUUCCUCAAGGAGUUCAAGACCAGCCGCUACUUCCCCACCAAGGUGAGAGCCCAGAUCAGUGACUUUGCUGUCUUCAUCACCAUCCUCACCAUGGUCCUAGUGGACUAUGCCCUGGGAAUCCCCUCACCCAAACUGCAGGUCCCCAACAAGUUCAAGCCAACCAGAGACGACCGUGGUUGGAUAGUGAACCCAAUAGGACGCAACCCGUGGUGGACCACUAUAAUCGCGGUCCUCCCUGCGCUGCUCUGCACCAUCCUCAUCUUCAUGGACCAACAGAUCACUGCUGUUAUCAUCAACAGGAAGGAGCACAAACUGAAGAAGGGUUGUGGCUACCACCUGGACCUGUUUGUGGUGGGGGUGAUGCUGGGGGUGUGUUCUGUGAUGGGCCUGCCCUGGUUCGUGGCAGCCACCGUGCUCUCCAUCUCCCACGUCAACAGCCUGAAGCUGGAGUCAGAGUGCUCGGCCCCCGGGGAACAGCCCAAGUUCCUGGGGAUCAGAGAGCAGCGCUUCACCGGUCUCAUGAUCUUCCUACUCAUGGGCUGCUCCGUCUUCAUGACCUCUGUCCUCAAGUUUAUCCCCAUGCCUGUACUUUAUGGAGUGUUCUUGUACAUGGGAGCGUCCUCGCUGAGAGGUAUCCAGUUCUUUGACCGUCUCAAGCUGUUUGGCAUGCCGGCCAAGCACCAGCCAGACUUCAUCUACCUGAGACACGUCCCCCUGAGGAAGGUCCACCUCUUCACCAUCAUCCAGCUCAGCUGCCUGGUCUUGCUGUGGGUCAUCAAGACCUCAAAUUAUGCCAUCGUCUUCCCCAUGAUGGUGUUGGCUCUGGUGUUCAUCCGUAAGCUUCUGGACUUCAUGUUCACCAAGAAGGAGCUGAGCUGGCUGGACGACCUGAUGCCUGAGUGGAAGAAGAAGAAACUAGAGGAAGGAGAAGAAGAAGAGGAGCCCAGUAUUAUAGUGGAGGAGGAGGAGGGGAUAGUUACUUUGCCACUGGAAGGAAAUUACAAGAGCGAUCCCGCGACGGUGAACAUUUCCGAUGAGAUGUCCAAAGGCUCCUUCGGGAACGUGUGGAAUAGUAUUAGUCCCAGUGACAACUCCAAGAAGGAUCCAAGCUCCAAAAGCUCCCCUUCCUAACCUCUCAGAAGCUCAUUAUCCCAAAGUGGUUGCGAGAGAAGACAUAAGAGGAAGGACUCAAAGUUGGACAGGGAGACGAGUUUGUGAUCCAUACUGGC